AUGAAUCUCGCCCCAUCAACCACACCAAACACCUCGCCCCCAAAUCCAAACCCAACCCAAAACACGCACUACACCAUCACCAACCCCCUCACCUUCACCACCUUUCUCGACCAAAACCCCCCCUCCACAGCCUUCAGCAUCACCCACCUAACCCUCGCUCCCUCUCCCCACCUAGGCCGCAUCACCUCUCUCCCCCACCUCAACGACACUCUUGGCGAUUCCCUCGGCGACGCCUCCACCUUCGCCGAACUACACUCCUGGGUUACACUCCUGCAACGACUCUCCCACGCCACUCCUGGACUCCGCUCUUUAACCAUAAUUUUCGACGCCGAUAUGAGUGGACGUGAUACCCAUGGAUAUCGAAGGGGUGUAGGUGAAUGUCUCGGGUUUAUAUGGGCGAUCGCCAGAUUUCGGGGACUGGAAUGGGUGGAUCUGCAGGGAUAUUUUCCGGCGCAGUGGCCGUGGUAUUUGAGAGGGGUGUGGACUGCAAAUGGGCAGGCGACGAGGAUUUAUAAUAGGGUGGAGGCGCCGGAGCGGGUGUUGAGGGAGUGGAGGAGGGGGACCGAGAGGUUGGAUCCGAGAGAGUUUGGGUGGGAGUGA